UAUCAGUGUCCAGUCGGCUGAAGUUGUCUGCUGACAACAUGUGAUGUGUGGAUCUCCACUUGGUCUGGAGUGAAACCUUAACAAUCAAUCCAGGACCUCAGAUGACCCAGGAACGUUUGGAUGCUAACUCACUAUUUGACUUUCGCCUGUCUGUUUGACUGCCUCUCUCUUUUUCUUACUAUCUCUCUACCUUUUCCUCUCCUCCAGACCAUGUCGGUCCCCCAGGACCUCCUGCCAGACGGCAGUCCCCUGAUUGGAGCAGCUAGGCUGGGGAAGCUUCGCCUCGUUAGGCUGCUCCUGGAGGGGGGUGCUCAGGUCAACGAGAGAAACCCAGGAGGAGAGACUCCUCUCCUGGCUGCGUGUAAAGCCCUGAGAGGGGAACCACUGGACCUGGAACCCUGAAACUGCUCAGAUACCUACUAGACAACCAGGUCUGUGUCUGCCUUUAAAGGAGAGCUGUAUUCCUGUAUGGAGAGGGCUGGAGCUCAGCUAGCCUCUACUCUCCUCUCAGCUGGAGCUGACCCCACUAUGGAGGACUACUCUGGAGCUUCAGCUAUGGUCUACGCUAUCAACGCACAGCACCAGCCUACACUACAGGUGCUGCUGGACGCAUGCCGCGCCAAAGGCCGUGACAUCAUCAUCAUCACCACGGAGAUGGAUGUGAGCGGAGGGCCGGUGACGAGGCGCUAUCUGAACGUUCUGCCGUCUCCCGAUGCAUCACCUGUCACCUGCAUGUCACCCUCUGACAUCAUCGUCAAGACAGGCUCACCCAACUCACUUGAGGGAGAGAAUGUGUUCAAUUUCAGAGGAUCAGGUAAGAGGGGGAGUGGCAGCAGCAGCAGAUUCUCCCCAUGUGAGCUGAGUCCAGUGGACCAGUCCUGUAUCACCCCUCCCAGACUGCGACAGUGGUCUGAACCAUGGCUAGCUAUUCACAAUCUGGCUCAACUAAACAAGGUCUACCAAGAGGGAAGGAGGGAGAGGAAGAGAAAGAGGGAAGAGAGGAAGGAGGAAAGGGAGAAAAAGGUUGUCUUCAUCACGACUUUAAGAAGGAAAGGAGGGAGAAGGCCGAGCAAUAGGAAGAGGUGGGAGAUGACAAGGAGAGUCAAUCUGUCCAUCUCUACCAUAAGGAGAUCUCUUCCGGGGCCUCUUGUUCUCUCCUCUUCCCCACAGAGGAGCACCUUUCCCAGGCAGCCCAGAGCAGACUGUCCCCUGAGAGGAGGCUAGCCCCUGGAGGUUCCACCUUGGAUUUAUACAGAGAACACCCCGGUACUCAAACUGCUUUACAUUGUAGAGGGGGAUCUAAUCUCAUCGGAGGCGAACCAAUGACCCGGAAGUGCUCUGUGGACAGACUUCCUCCCUGCUCUCCCUCUUGCUGGCAGGGGGCCCGUAGGAACACUCUCCCCUCCUUGACUCCAGCUCCACCCCUUCUUCACCUGCCUCCCCUAUCAUGUUAUGAGUCUCACCUACAGGUCCUGCCCCUUGGCCUACCUGUUGCAGGUGUAGGAAUGGUGUGUCGGACGCAGCUGCCCUCCCCCUCCUCCCCUCUUUCUCUCACUCCCCCCCUUUCUCACAUUCUCUGCUCCUCCCCCGCUCUUCCAGAUAAAGCAAUAUUUAGAUCAGGCUUUCUGCCUCCUCUACCCCUCUCUACCUCCUCUUCCAUUCCUGCUGUCCUUCUCUCCACCUCCUCCUCGUCCUCCUUUGUUCCCCCUCUCCCUCCCACCAGUGAGAGGUCACCUCGACGUCACUCUAUCCAGCUGGAGCCGCUGAGAGGAGAGGAGGAGAGGAGGAGGAAUAGAGGAAGAACAGAGGAGACAGAAGGAGGAGCGGGAGUGAGACCCUAUGUUAGCUUUUGUGGUGUGAUAUGUGUAGUUACUUGUAAUAACCUCUAGAGCAUGCUGGACACUUAUUUAGUGCUUGCUGUCUUGAAUGUGUGGAUUCAUAUCAACAGUCUAAAGCAGUGAUCUCCAAUCCAAAGAAUUAGUUGGAAUCCUUUGUUUAUUAGAUAUUUCCU